AGAACAGACGGUUUAUUAUCCGGAACCUUUGGUACGUCGAAUCGGAUUGUUAGGGGAUGAUAGUUCAAGAUUGCACCCAAAAGUGGCAAGAGGAACAUAAAUACGGUUACUCUAAUGGACGAAGAAAAAUGACCACAAAGCAAGUCACUUGCAGGUAUUUCCUGCAUGGAGUUUGUCGUGAGGGAAGCAGGUGUAUGUUUUCUCAUGAUCUGACUACAAGCAAACCAUCUACAAUCUGCAAGUUCUACCAAAAAGGCUUGUGCGCCUAUGGUGAUCGCUGCCGGUAUGACCACAUCAAGCCCUCGGCUGGACGGGGCGCAAGUGUGCCAGUGGAUCAUUCUAUCCGGGACAGCGCAGCUACUGCUGCUGCCGCCCCAGGGAACUGCCCUCCAGCGGGCUCAGGGAGACGUGGCAAGAAGCCCCUGGUCCUGAGAGACAGAGCCCUGGGCGGCGCGUGUGAGGGGAGGUCGCUGCAGUACAGUGGAGAGGGGGCAGAGGUCCAGGAGCCCGACUGCUGGGAGUACAGGGACGAGGCCUCUCAGGCCAAGCCCCAUACCUACCUGGACGCCAUCAGGACCGGCCUGGAAAGCUCGGCGGCCGGGACCUCCUUCCCCAGCGGGCCGCAGCUCUGUCCCUACGCAGCUGCUGGCCAGUGUCACUACGGCAACAGCUGCUCCUAUCUCCACGGAGACAUGUGCGAAAUCUGCAGGCUGCAGGUGCUGCACCCGCAUGACCCCGAGCAGAGGAGAGCGCACGAGAAGAUGUGCAUGAUGGCGUUCGAGCUGGACAUGGAGAAGGCGUUCGCGGCGCAGCACAGCCAGGACAAGGUGUGCAGCAUCUGCAUGGAGGUGGUGUACGAGAAGGCCGUGCCCUCGGAGCGCCGCUUCGGCAUCCUGUCCAGCUGCUGCCACACCUACUGCCUCAGCUGCAUCCGCCAGUGGCGCUGCGCCAAGCAGUUCGAGAACAAGAUCAUCAAGUCGUGCCCGGAGUGCCGCGUGGUGUCGGAGUUCGUCAUCCCCAGCGUGUACUGGGUGGAGGACCAGCAGGAGAAGAAUCGGCUCAUUGAGGAAUUCAAAAGUGGAGUCAGUAAGAAGGCCUGUAAGUACUUUGACCAGGGCAGAGGGACCUGUCCGUUUGGAGGGAAGUGCUUCUACAUGCACGCCUACCCCGACGGCACGCGGGCCGAGCCAGACAAGCCCCGCAAGCAGCUCAGCUCCGAGGGCAACGUGCGGUUCCUGAACUCGGUGCGGCUGUGGGACUUCAUCGAGGAGCGGGAGCACCGCGGGGUGCCGCAGUACGAGGACGAGGUCAGCGAGCUGGGGGACCUCUUCAUGCAGCUGUCCGGAGCCGGAGAGGAGAGGGGGGUCCCUGCCUCCUUCUGACGCCCUGAACCCACAGAAACGCACCCCAGCUACAUAUCAAACAGCCGACGACCUCGGGCAAUAAAACCCAGCUCUGCUCAGCUCUUCAUCUCCUGGGUCACCCCCCUCCCCUGCCCUUUGGUGGAAAGAGAAAAGUAGUACUGCUAUAUAUUGUUUUUAUAUAUACAUGUAUGAGUUCUUGCUAGUGAUAAAGCUGCUGUUUUCCUGAUACGCUUUAGAUGACAUCAUCUGCCAGACUGGGAAAAAAAAAAGUUUUUAAUGAAUUGAGGUCCCAUAGAUCCUCAGUGGUGAAAUGGAUCUCAGUGCUCUGCUGACAUUUUGUAUGCACUCUAGUGGUGUGCGAGGUUGACUCAAACGAAACAGUCAACGCACCCAAAAGAAUUUUACAAACACAACUUACCUGUAGUGGAGUUCUUUUCCCUGAAAUUUGCCAUGUGGCAGUGUUUGUAAGGAAAAAGUUACAUUUGGUGUAACUACCGUAGUUUCCAAUGUAUGAACUGAAACGUAAGGUAUAAAUGUUUAUACGAAUGCUCACAUUUUUUUGGAGAUUGUGUCAAAGUGAAUAUAUUCUGAAUACCAAUAGUAUGAAAUGCAGUGUUGAACUUGGUGGUCUCAUUUUUUCAUGAGUGAAGAACUUUAAAUAUGGCAUAACAAAUAAUAGUACUACUACACUGUACUAUACAAAAUAACAUCACGUACGGUCAACACAAUGGUUAUAUUGAAGACCAAAAUAAAUAAAUAAAAAAAUGUCCCCUGUGUUUGAUUGCAUAAUCCAAGUGUUUCCAGUGUUGCAUCCAAGAAUAAACUAUUCACAUGGUACACUUGGCCUGAAAUUACUUGAACUUUUCAGUUUCUCUGUGAAUGUGACGUUUCUCAUUUUCUAUGCUGUGGUAGUGUACAAUAAAUGAAAAGCAAAUUGUGUCUUAA